UGAAGUGUCCAAUCGGGAGUUAGCUGACGCGCGUGCAUCGAGAAGCCGAACAUCCGCCAUUUCACAGCAAGUUAUUCAGAAUUUAGGUCCACAAAAUGUCGGACGAUCAAGAUAUCACAGAUCAGACCCAGUCCGGAGGAGAAAAUGGAAAUCAAGAAAGUGACGACGACAGAAAACUCUUUGUUGGAGGCAUCAGCUGGGAAACCUCAGAAAGUGAUCUGAAGGAAUACUUUGAAAAGUUUGGCAAAGUUGCUAGCUGCAACUUAAAAAAAGAUCUGGAAACAAUGCGAUCACGGGGCUUCGGUUUUGUCGUAUUCGAAAAUGCAGAAUCUUUAGAAAAAGUUUUGUCUCAUAAAGAUAAACAUGUUCUUCAAAACAAGACCAUUGAUCCAAAACGUGCAAAUCCUAAAGGCAAAUACCAGGAGCCAGUUAUCAAGAAAAUCUAUGUUGCCAAAGUGGACGUCACACUUACAGAAGAACAAAUCAAAGAAUACUUCUCUCAGUGGGGAGAGGUAGAGAAAGUUGAAGCACCAUUUGACAAGGAAAAGGAACAGAGGCGUAACUUUGUGUUUGUAGAGUUCAAAAGUGAAGAAUCCGUAGACAAAGUUCUCAGUGCAUCAACAGACAACCCAGAUUUCAAACACUCAUUGGGUAACGAAGAGAUUGAAAUCAAGAAGGCCACCCCUGGGCAGCGUGGUAGGGGCAGGGGAGGAUUCUUCAGGGGCGGAGACAGAGGGGGACGUGGCGGUCGUGGAGGCUGGGGAGGAGGCUAUGGCGGUGGUUGGGACAACUAUAACCAGGGCUACGGUGGAUAUGGCGGCUACGGAGGCGGUUAUGGGGGCUAUGGUGGAUAUGGAGGCGGAUACGACAGCUACAGUGGAUAUGGCGGUUAUGGAGGCUAUGGUGGAUAUGGUGGCGGAUGGGGUGGUUACGAUCAGAGCGGAUAUGGUGGAUACGGCGGAUACGGUGGCUAUGACUACUCAGGCUGGGGAGGCUAUGGUGACCAAUCAGGGAAAGAUCCAAAUCCAAUAGAUGGGGCAUCCUACCCCAUUCUCAAUGGGUCCACAUCAGGACCUUACAAUUCAAGUGGUGCAGCGGGCGGUGACAUGGGUGGAUACGGCAAGGCCCCCAAGGCAGCUCGUGGAGGCAGUAACAGCUACAGGCCCUACUAGGUGCACUGCGUAACAGCUGAUGCAGAUUUUUAUCGUUUUCAUCCUGUGUAUAUAGUGGUCGGCUCAUCAUUGUUUUAUAAUGUUGUAUUGUGUAAUUCACUUGGAUUUAAUAAGCGCUGGAUCAAUAAGAUAACGUGUUCCAAGGGAAAAAAAAAACAUUUUUUCAGUCAUCAUAUUUGUCUGUGAAUUAAUCGUCAUAGUUGUUGAUUCAGAAACAAUAAACUGUGGUUUUUGAU